AUGAAGGCAAAAAUUUUAAAUGCCAAAUAAGAGAAUUAGAUGGUGAAUAUUAUGCCAAUAGAAUAAUUGCAUUAAAAGCAGAAAAUGAUACAGCCUAAACGAUAAGAAAUUAGUCAAGUAUUGCUAUCCAAAUAUCUAAAUAUAAAUUGAUGAGUAAAUUUAUAAGGAGUUAAACUAUAUAAAAAUCAGGUUGAGACUGGUAAAAAUGGAUUAAAAGUAUUAAAUUUAUUUAUAUUAAGUUAUUUGAUAGUUUAAGUUCAGGUAGAAAUAGAAGCAAUAAUCCUUCAAUAAUAAGUUCGAAAAGUUUAGAAAAUAUGCAUUAAAAAUUGUCUCAUUUAUAUAAAAAUUAUUCAGUCAAUGAUAUUUCGAAAAUUAAGAAUUUUAGUAAUUAUGCUGUUGAAAAAUAUGAAGAUUUUAAUCAAAAAUCUCAAGACUACCAUAAAAUAUCAAAUUCAUUUAUUAAAUGGAAAAAAAAAGCAUAAUAAAUUUAAAAAGUUAAGACAAAUAAUAAUAUAUAAUAUAGCUAAUCAAUGAUUAUUUAUUCCGUUUAUUCUCAAGAUUAAAAUUGA